AUGUUAGAAAUCUGUCGAUCGAAUUUUAAAGAUAAUGAACAAGAAGAAAAUGCUGUAAUUGACUUUCAACACACUUAUAAAUCGGCUGAAGCACUCUGGUGGUACACUCAUGAACUAAACACAUUUCUUCAUACUGCAUUAAACAAUGCCCUACGAACAGACGACAUUAAAACUAUAUAUCAUUUUCGUUAUUUUAUUUCUGAUUUAUACAAACAGUUGGGUAUGAUUGAAACAAAUGUUGAAAUAUUAUUUCCCUUCCGUGUUUAUCGAGGACAAAAAGUGUAUGCUGAAGAAGUAAAACAUUUACAAAUGAACAUCAGUGAACUUCUGACUUUUACAACAUUUUUCUUAACAACGACUUCAAGUGAAAUUGCUCUAAGUCAUAUAACAAAUGACGGUUCACAACAAGAAUCCGUUCUAUUUGAAAUUGUAAUGGAUAUUCCAGAAUUUAAGCACUUGACACCAAUAUUUAAUAUUCGAAAUGGAAGUCAUUCUAAAAACAAAAAUCAAUAUUUAUUUCGAUUAGGUAGCAUGUGUCGAUUAGAGUCAAUUGUACAAUUACCAAACAAAAUCUGGCAUAUUAAGUUGUUACUAACCGACACUGAAAUUAAUGAAUCCAAUAUAUUUAUAAAUUAUUUUAAAAAAGAAUUUGAUAAUAAAUUUACAUUCAUGACACUUGGUAUGUUUUGGAUAAAAACUAAACAACCUUCAAAAGCAUUAGACUAUUGUCAUAUGUUAUCAACCGAUAAUAAUCUAUCUGAGAAUAAUUAUAUAGCACUUUGGAAUAAUAUUGGAUUAAUAUAUCAAGAAAUAGGUGAUCUUGUGCGUUCUAGAAAAUAUUUUAAUAAAGCUUUGGAUUUAUCAACACGUUGUUCAUCUACAUCAUCCGAAACAGAUUCAGUUGAUUAUCCCACAGCUAUCUCGAGUGAUAUUAUUUUAAAAGAACCAAUAAUAAAUAUUUCAUCUUCUAGGGGCUGUUAUUAUAACAGAGGUUGUACAAUGUUUCAAGAACGGGAUUUUGUAGAAGCAUUAAAUAUUUUUAAAUAUGCACUUUCUAUUUCUAAUGAUGAUAAUGAUGCAACUGAAAUAGCGAACAUUUACAACAAUAUUGGUUGCACCUAUCAUUGUUUUAGUAAUUAUUCUAAGGCAAGCGAAUAUUUUAGAAAAGCAUUGACCAUUGGAGUAAACACUGUAACAACAAAAGAUCGGGAAUUAUUAGUAGCCGAUUAUGUUCAUAAUCUAUCCGUUAACAAUGCAAAAGACAAACCAUUAUCUAUCUUAUAA